GUGAAAUUGUAAGAUAUGAUAGCUUAUAUAAUUGCAAUUUGACUUCGAUUAAUAUAAUUUAAAUUUUAAUUGCAUUUUUAUUGCCACGUCAUUUUUCAAUUAAAUAUGGUAGCUUAAUGCUAAUGAGUUAACAUUCUAGGUCUCAUGACAGAUUUUUCUAGUGGUCAAGUCAGAGCACUACGAGACAACAAUCCAACACACACUAUAUGUUUGGGGUGCUAAGAUAUGCAGGAAGGUAAUGGUCUUAGUAAAAAACACUUGAACACCACUUUCAUAAUAAGGUUCACUAGCUUCACAACAACAGUGACCAUGUAUUCUUUUAUAUCCACAGGAGAAUGAUGGUUAACUCUCUAUAGUUUCUCCCCUUUAGCUCAUCGAUACUCACAUAUUACUUGAUCGUUAUAGGGCCUGAAACUGCCUUUAAUGUAUUCACAUUCUCCGCUCCUUUCAACCGUUCAUAUUGAAUCAUAUGUUCUUCACUAAUUAAUGUAACUGCAUAAUUAAUUAGGGAACGACACAGUUCUCACACAAGACUUGUUCCCAAACCACUCUUCUAGCUAACUCAAACUUAUUCAAUAUCAUGAUUCGAUGAACCACCCUACACAUUCAAAAAGUAAAGUUAUUAAGAUUGGGACUUUUUGUUUUUGUUUUUUUUUUAAUUCAUAACCAUUUGCGUAAAUAUUAUACGUCAAAAAUAAAUUCAAAUCGAGUUGAGCCUGAAGGUAUUUGAAAAAAAAUCUCAUAAAUACACCCUCAUACCUCAACUACUUUGGAAUCUUCCACUCAUUCAAGUAAACUCACUAAUCAAUAAAGCUUGCUUGCUUGCUAGCUACUGACUGUUGCACAGAGCCCAUGUGUUUCCUCUUUCUCCGCUGAAACAAACACAUAACUAACAGAAAAAAGAAGAUACAGUACAAUACAAAAACUCCCAGCAGAAACCCUUCUCCCUCUCCCCCCAACGGUCGAAUUUUUUCCGACCUUCUUCUCCACCACCAGCCGCUACUACCCUUUCUCUCAAAGUCGACACUUUUGGGAUUGCCAAAAUUUUCCAAAGUCAAAAGACUUGUUUCUUCGUGUUCAUUAUUCACAAUGGUGUGCUUUAAGUUUAAGUCCUGUUUUACUGCUUUUAAGCAGCGAAAGCGCAAUCAAUAUCGUCUGGUGCCCGAUGUUUCUUCUCCCUCUAACCAACCUAGAGACAAACCCGGCCAUGGAGGAACUCAGCUACUGGAGACAGAGAUUCCCACCAAGGAACCCAUCAAUCACCAUGUCUCGCCAGAAUCCAAGGAGAAGGUUGUGGAGAACGCUGAAGAAAGUUGCGAUGCCAUAAAGUGGGCCACUUUCGAAACCAAGGUUGAAGAAGAAACCCUGUCGUUGCCCGCAGAGGAAGUUGGCAAUGUAGAGAAGCUUGAUGGGGAAAUGGAAGAGCACCCAAAUGGAGAUGGCGAACCGAAAGCAAAUGUGGCGCCGCGUUCUUCGAGUCAAGAGAAGGUUGAAGAUGGUGAUGAAGAGAGUGACGGUGGUGGUGAUGAAGAAAGAGUGAUGGAAGAGUCGUCGGAGUCAUUGUUUUCAAUCUCAAUCGGGAAAAAUCAAGCCGCUGAUUUGGGUGAAAAGGGAGAGGAGAUCACAAGCCCAAUCCCGAAAUCCAAUCCAUCUCACAAACCAGUGGAAGAUACCACAACCCAAUUGAAACCAGCAGGAGGAGGAGGCAAUGCAAGAAGUCAGAAGCAGCAGCAGCAUUGUCAGGAGGACAAGGAAAAUGUCAACGUCGACAUUAACAUCGAAAGCUGCUCGAGUCCCGAGUUUAGCUUCGGCCCUUCGAUCGAGAAACCUCGAGAGGGAAGUAUCAUAAACAAGGACAAGAUUGAUGUUGCAGUUGAUGCUAGCCUCUCCAAUUGGCUGGUAGUUGGUGGUCAGGCCAAGGACAGAGGCGAUCAUUCUUCAGCUGGCUAUCUGCCUAUUAAGAGUAAGGAAGAUAAGAAGGUAGUUUUAGGUGCACUGGCGAUUGGCGUGCUUAAACAAGUUGAUGCAAAUGCUGCUACUUCGCCUGCAAAGUCGAGGAGCCGGCGAUUUGGUGGAACGCCGGCUAUAGGGACUGUUGGGAGCUAUUGGAAGCAUUCUGGCGGAGAGGUAGAACUCUGACCCCCAAAAUUUCCAGCUCAGACAUUGCUUAAGUUUCAUCACAUUGUUCUUGAUCGAGUUUUCUGCUUUCAAUGUUUGUUGAAAUCGCUGGAAUAAAAUGUUGAAUUCCUG